CGCGGAAGACUAGCAUUCCCUGUGCGCAUGCGUACACGGGCUGGAUAAUGACGGUGUAGUAUGUUGACGUGUAUUUGCCAGCCAGCUGGAUUAGUUUACUUUUAUUUUCGUGUUUAUUUAUUUAUUUUUAAUUUAGGUAGCUAAUCAUUUUAGCUGGAUAAACCAACCAGGGUGAUUUUUGUCACGUUUGAGUUUCAGAAUCGAGUUUAUCGCCAAGUCCGUUUUCAUAUAGAAGAGAUUUGUUUUGGUGGCUGGUACUUGAACAAAAAUUGGUAUUUAUUGGACAAGGAACUUAAAUAGUUCUGUUUUUGUCACAUCAUCUCAUUGAUUAGCUGUGGUAUUUUAGAGUCUUCCUGUCUCUCACACACACAGUGAAGAAUAUGGGUCCAAAAAAGAAACAUGGCAUCCCUGACAGAUGGGUUGAUUAUAAGGCAGUGGGUAAACGGAUCCCUGGCACACGCUUCAUUGCAUUUAAAGUACCUUUAAAACAGGCUUUGAGGAGGAAUCUCAAGGAAUCGGAAGCGUUUGGACCCUUAGAUCUCAUGGACAUGUUGAAGAAUGAGGGUGAAGAACUUGGUCUCAUUAUCGAUCUCACCUUCACCACGCGCUACUACCAACCCCAGGAUUUACCAGACACACUGCACUACCUGAAGAUAUUUACAGCAGGACAUGAGGUGCCAAGUGACCCCACCAUCCUGAGCUUUAAAAAGGCAGUGAGAAGAUUUCUGCAUGAUAAUCAGAACAAUGAUAAGCUGAUAGGUGUUCACUGCACCCACGGCCUAAACCGAACCGGAUACCUUGUAUGCAGAUACCUCAUCGAUGUAGAUGGUUUUGAACCUCUUGAUGCCAUCGACUUGUUUAACAAGUCACGUGGUCAUGCUAUCGAGAGAAAGAAUUACCUGGAUGAUCUGAAAUCGGGACCAAAACGCAGUAAUGAUGGAAUGGAGGAACCAGAGCAGGAGCCUGUCAAAGGUGGAGUCGCAAACAGGAUGCAUGGCUCGAUGCCUGUCCAAGAACCUCAUCCUUCUUUCAGUAGGAGAGAAGAUUAUAAGGAUCAUUUUGAGCCUUUCAACCAGGGAUGGCACAACAACCAGACGAGACCUCAUCCACCUCCUCUCUUUCCCACACCCCCUCACAGGGCUCCUCCUCCUUUACUACCUAUGCCACCUUUCAGGGGCCCGCCUCCGCUCAUACCCACACCACCUCCACUGAGUGCGUGGUCUGGUUUUAGAGCGGGCCGGUACCCUGCGCCUCCUCUAAACCCCGCCUUCAUGCCACGCUACAUGUUUGAAGAAGAGCCUCGAGACACACAGCGAAAACAACGCAGGACUGUUCAUAAACACACAACCUGGUCUCCAUACUCGCGCUGACUGUAAACACUGCCUUCUCUUCAGCCCUGACAUAUUUCACAUUAACAAAGAAGUUACAGAUUAGCAACAUUUUUUUUAAUUAAAUUUAUUAUUAUUUUUUUUUUAAUUCAAACCAUAGCUUUUAUUUCUUUUUACUCAGAUGUACAACAAAUGUCACAGUUGAAGGUCAUUUAAAAACUAUUCUCCAAAAGAUAAACUGUAAAAUAUUUCAAGAACUCCUGCAGCAUGGGAGUUUAAACUAAAAUCAGAAAAUAAAAAACAGCAUUUUAUUGAUCUUUAUCAUUUUAACUUUUUUAAAUGUAUGUUUAACAUUUAGGAAAUGACAAUUGUUUUAUUAAUUUUUUUUUAAGUCGGUAUAGAGGAGCAAAAUGUUACUUUUCGACAUGUGCUCUGUCUCAAAUCCUUUAUCUCUGUUGUGCACUAGCAUUUCUACUGACUGUCUGUCUGUAAUAUGAUCUGUACACUGCUAGCCUCUGAGAAAUGAAGUGUAGAAUUAUGGACACUGUUUCUGCUGCUCUCAGCCUGAUCUGUAUCUGCACAAUGGAAGGAAUGAAGCCACUAGAGGCUGCUGUAAUGGGCGUGGUCUUGCCCUUAAACUUGAGAACACUUGAGAACUCCACCCAGGUUGGUGCAAUUAAAGUAAUGUAUGGAGAGUCUUCAUGCAAUUCAAUUGCACUUUUUUAAUUCAAUACUACAUUGUGAUUGUUGAGGUAGGCGCGCCAUUUAAGUUAUUCCAUGAAAUUGAGUCGUACACGAGCUGAUAGCCGACUCGGUGCUACGCGCCUCAUCAAGCUAAGCCAUGUACGACGAGAUUGAGUGGAAUAACUGUUUUAUUCUAUCCACAUUCACUGGAUUUUGAGAAACAGAGCAUUUUUAUUUUGUUUUUUGCAAAUUCCAUAAAUAAGUUUAUACAAAAUGUCAGACAAAAUAAUUUCCGUUUAGAAUGUAAACAAACUGGUAAAAUGACCGUUGCAAUUUGGGGGGGGAGGUUAUAAUAAUCAUUGAAAAAUGAAAGAUACAUUCUUACCAUCAAAUAUUUUGAUUCCAUAUUUUAUUGCUUUUUUUUUUUAUUUUUGGGGUUUUGUUUUCGAGUAGUUUUUAUUUCAUCCUUGGUUGGUUCAGCAAAAUGCCGUUUUGUUUUUCUCUACUCAUGGUAUAUGAGCUGAUAGCCUAGUAGUAGAGUAGCCAUUCAGAGUGCGUGAAUGUGGAGAGAAUAAACUAUAAUAUAUCUAGCUGGUUAUUGUUAAACUGAGAUGGUUAUCAUAGUAGUUAAACAUAACAAGCUGGCUAGUAAUUUUGUUAAUAAUGUUUAAAGAGGCCAGUUCACCCUUCCCAGAAUCCAAUUUGUUGUUUUUGUUUACAUAUGGGCCACUAUGUUUUGAAAGCAUGUGACUCUCUGCUAACUCUUCAGUUAGCUGGAUACCAGACCUUUUACAUUUUCAUGAAUAAAAAUGGAAGACCUCAUCACAGAAGAUGAUAAUGAGGAGUCGACUAUCAGCCUAGAAAUAGAAGGGACCAGUUAUCAUCACUGCUGAACCGGAUCCGGCCUUGAGGCGACCCGUAUUUGACUGACAUAGCCAGAAUUGCAGCAGUAGGAUGGCUGGUUCCUUUCUACACGUGUUCCUCUUUAUGUUUAAUUACUCGAAUAACCAUCUGGAUUACAUGCAUUACAGCUUGAGGGGGUACCAAUAAUAGUGGCACAUGUGUAUUUUUUUUAAUUAUUCUUGAUGAGGGAUUUGUUUUUCUCUGAAUAAAUUUAUUUCAAUUAAA